AACUAGUAGAUAGUAACCUUAAUGGACGCCAAGGGAGUUUCCUCUCUGACAUUUACUGAGGUUCCUGUUCUGAUGGACGAUGAAGUUCCAAGUCCAUCGAAAGAGACGGAGGUUAUGACUCACUCCCAAAUGGAAGGAUCUACAAUUAUGAACGUGGUGGAUUGCAGAAACGGAGUAGCUGAGAAUAUGUAUUCUGCAAUUGAGGAUGCUCGGGCAGUUGCUUUAAUGAAUGCAGUGAGUUCUGUACUGCCAACCUCAGAUGCUAAUCAAACACCAGCUGUCUACAGUACAUGUGAAGUGACUGCCUAUCAUGAACCUGAACAUCAAGAAAGCAUAGGACAAGAAAACAUGUCCACACAUGGAAGUAACCUGUUAGAUAAAGAACGAGAUGUAACCGACCAAGACAAUAUCCAAUGUGGAGAUAUUUUAGGCCCAGAUGUCAUAGCCCUUUCAACCCAGCAAUCUAAAGAUAGUCCAGCUGAAGAUAACCAAGUUCAAUACUUCAUAGUGAAGAAUUCAACUCAACGUUCACAUCCAAAGUUGAUUGACACCAAUGGUUACUCUUACACACAACAGACAGAGAGCAAACAUGGUAUCAGAUGGAGGUGUACUGUUCGAAACAAACGAGUGUUCUGUGGGGCAACUAUAUUGCAGAAAGGCAACAUGUGCAAAAAAGGUCCAAAAACACACUGUCACUCUGGAAAUCCUAAGGGAGUGUUAGCCCUGAGCGUCAUCAACCAAGUAAAGAAGCAAGCAAGAGAACAAUUACAGAAAUCAGCAACCCAAAUUGUCAAUGAAGUCUUGGUGAACAAUGCUGGUUGCCCCGGUGAUGAGAAGAAAUUGAAAUUUGAUAAUCUAAAGAGAGUUGCAAACCGUUUCAGGCAGAAGACAAGACCAGUAGAGCCAAAAGUUCUGGAAUUUGAUAUCCAGCAUGACGCACUUCCUCCGGGUUUUCUGAAAGGAGACAUUGCCACAGAGGGCAGGCAUCAUCUCAUUCUGGCUACAGCCACCCAAUUGCAACAUUUGUCAAAGGCCAAAGAAUGGUAUAUUGAUACAACCAGCAAACUGGUAAAACCACCAUUCUAUCAACUGCUCACUGUCCAAUGCUUUACACAGAAAGAUGACAAGAUCAUGCAGGUUCCUUUCGCCUUUUUUCUAAUGUCUGGCAAAAGGAAACGAGACUAUAAAAUUAUUUUGAAAGCAUUCAGAUGUUUGUUUCCUCAUGGAAUCCAUCUUUCGGAAUUGGUAGUAGAUUUUGAUUCAGAUUUAUGGGUCAGUCUUGCCAAAGUUUUCCCAGGUGUGCCGAUCAAAGGCUGUGCGUACCACUGGAAACAGACCAUAUGGAAAUGCAUCAAAGAUCUGGGAAUGUAUCAGGCAUACAUGGGCAAUGGAAUCAAGCAUGAUAUCCUGAAUCAGCUAAUGGGACUUCCUUACAUGCCAGUGGACGUGAUUCCAAACUUGUUUAAAAGGAUGCAGAAGAAUGUGCAUUCUCCAGAUCUACAGUUGGUUUUUGAUGUCAUAAAUUCACAGUGGAUUGAAUCAACUCUUUGGCCUCCUUCUGUCUGGUCCAACUAUAGACACUCAAUCCGCACACGCAAUGAUGUUGAGGGCUGGUUAGAUCGAAUCGAGGAACAAACUAAAAAACAAAGUCUACCACUGUAUUCACUUAUUGAACAUUUGCAUUGUGAAACAGAAAUGGCCAACACCGAUUUUACUCUGGUUAACGAGAAGAAACUCAAGAAACUCCAGAAGAAACAGAGUUUAGAAGUUUGUGGCUUAUUGAAUCAAUUCUGGGACGAGUAUGUUGCUGGUACUAAAUCCGGGAAAAGUCUAUUGCAAACAUGUGUACAUCUACAUGAUCCAAAGGAACUUGCUUGAAAUUUUAAUUUUCUCAUGUUCAGAAUGGAGUACAUGUUUAAUACUUUAAAUUUGGUUCAACCAGAUUUAUCACACACAUUGUGUAUUGUACCAUGGAGACAAAAAAACAGAGGUACCUACAAAUUAAAAGUGGCUUCCUCAGAAAUAACAUUAUGGACAUUUAUUUAAACUGUAGUGAGCAUGUAAAUAGUCAAUAAACUACUGUAUAAUAAAGGAUGUUUUAAUAUACAGCAGACAUA